UCAGAUUGUGAUGAACACGGAGGAUCAUUUAAUGAGACCAAACUCACAUCAACAGGGACCAUCACAUCAGAUUCAACACAUGAUCAAAACAAGACCUGGUGCUGCUGGAAGGAUCAGAUGAGGUUGAAAAGAUCGUCUGAAUUCAACAACCUGAGGAUGGACACGAAGAAGAAGACGAACUAAUAAAGCUGAAGAUGGACGCUUCUCUCCAGAGGAGUUUGAGUGUUUUGGAUCGUCUUCUGCUCACACACUCCAUAUGGCUGCAGCUGUCAAUCAACCCUGACUCCGCCCACCAAAUCCUGCAGCGAGAGAUAGUCGGGACUUUCCUGGUGUGUAAGUGCAGCGCCUCCCACAGGAAGGUUUUGUGUGUGCGGGUGCAGGAGGGAGCAGUGUCGCAAUUUCCAGUACGUGAGGAGGAUUCCACAUUUUCUCUAGAAAGUUCUGCCCUGAGCUUCCCUGAUCUCUGCAGACUAGUGGCAUUUUACACCAUCAGCAGAGAUGUUUUGCCUUUCCCGCUCGAGCUCCCUGAAGCAAUUAUACAGGCCGUGACACACACCCAGCUGGAAAGCAUUUCACAUCUGGGUCUAGAGUUCUGGAGCUCUCAGACGUCCCCUGGCCUACCAAACGGCCCCCCUCCGCCCUCAGCACCCCACAGGAUAUCCAGGUUGAUCAGCCCAUGUUUUGUCAAUCCAUUAUUCCUUCAGCCUCCGCAACCCAGCAGAACCGCAUCCCACAAACGGCACCGCUUCAAACGCAGCCUCAGGAUCCGCGUGUCCAACGAAACCUCGCUCAGCCUGUCAGGGGGAGAUUCUGAGCUUAACCCGGGGGAAACACACGGACAGAAUUCGGAGAGAAGACGGACGGGAGGGUUAAGUGUGCUCAGGCGGACCCCAGCACUCACUCCCACCUCAGAAGAAGAGGACGAACAGAUGCUGGGACAGAUCCCACCUAGUAACUCCUUACCCCAACUCAACAAAGACCCUGAAGAUGGCGAGGUGUGUCUUGCUUUGGAAAGGACUCGAGCUCCUUCUCUUGCUGAACUGGACAGCAAUAGUUCCUUCAGCAGUUUGGAGGAAGAGGACGCACAGGUUGACCUCGCCCACCAAUGGCCACCUGCUGCCCGCGGGACCCGAUUCCCAUCCGCAAACCCCACCUCCACUCUACGCCGCAUGACCGCCGCAUUUGUGUGCGUGUUCGCUCCUGAGCGCAGAGUUGCCAGAUUGGUGGACGAACUCUCCCGGGACAGGCGCUCCACGUUUGGAUCACUGGUUCAGGACUUCUUAGAGAAGAAGAGGCAAGAAAUGGAGGCCUCGGUGCACAGUUCUGCAGUGGAGAUGCUUCAGGGAAUGAGGAGGUUUCUGUCCCAAGCCAAAAGCCUCCUUUUGGAGGCAGGAGAAAUCGAACCUCCGAUUGAGACGCUGGUCCCUGAGAAUGAGAAAGAUCUAGCGCUGGAAAAGGCUCUGUUUGGAUGCGUAUUAAAGCCGCUGAAGGUUCAGCUGCAGCAGACGCUGAUGUCUCUCCACACUCGGGAUGGCUCCAUACAGCGGGUCACCGAGAGUCUGCUGGCCCACCAGGAGGGGGCGCUGGAGCGUCUGGCUGUACGAGUGGGAGUUCUGGACGUUCGCGGAGUAGACCGAGCCAAGGCUAAGCUCAUGCUAAUGCAACGCAGUCAUUCGCCCAUUGACAAGGUGCUGCUUCUGCUGCAGGUCUGCAAGAGUGUGUACAAAGCCAUGGGGACUCAACCGGAUCAGGAUGUGGGAUCUGACGACUUUUUACCAGCACUUUCCUAUGUGCUUAUUCAGUGUAAUAUCCCGCAACUGCUGCUGGAGACCGAGUAUAUGAUGGAGCUGCUUGAGCCGUCAUGGCUGACAGGAGAAGGUGGAUACUAUUUGACAAGCGUGUAUGCCAGCCUAUGUCUGAUCCAGAGUAAGCCUGGGACCACGCCCACCUCCAGUCUGACCAAUGAGGCUCAAGAAUACUUGAGGGAGUGGAGCAGGAGGCGGGGCCAAGAAGCCAAAACUCAGAAGGACACUCAGCUGAAACAGAGGUUUGUUCGCGUGUUGUUCCAGGACGACAUUCGCAGUGGGGUGCGGACGCUCCUCUGGAAGGCGGGAGAAAAUGUAGAUGCUUUAGCCCAAUCCUGCGCCGCUCUUUUCGGCGUCAGCGAGCCGCAACACUACUGUCUCUUCUGGAGGAACGAAGGGGAAAUGCGUCCUCUACCGGCCCACGUUCAGCCCCAUCAGCUGGGCACGCAUGAAGGAGCCUCGCUGUCCUACCUGCGCUCCGAUCACGACUUCAGCAAAAUGCGCAGACUCACCAGAGGGGGCGCUGUGGAUCUGGGAGAGUCUGUCUGCGAGGAGUGA